ACGUUUAUUUAACCAACGAACUAUUAUGUUUUAUUUCUAUAAGAAAGAUUUUUCUUUUUAUAUUGUUCACCUUUCUAGAAGGACGAUUAUGUGUUAUUUUUCCAAAAAUGUUGAUACGAUACAUAAAUAAACGAAUCUUGCAUGGGAGAAAUCACGGGCCUCCCAUUAUUGUCGGGGAGAUAAAUGAAGAGGCCGAAGUGAGGAUUAGCUGUUAUUAAAUAAAGUAUGAUAUUUGAUUAAUCGUAUUAACGGCACACGUUCAGUUUCCUUGGAAACUAAUUGUCUAAUACAACUAGAAACUCUUCUCUGUCAACUACUUUUCCCAUCUAUCAAGUCUUUAUAAUUUGAGAUACUUUUUUCAAUUUUGUUUUGGCCAAAAACCUUUUUUCAAUCUGAGAGACUUUUGAUAUUAUGGAAUUUAGAAAUGCCAGUAAAAAAAAACUAGAAAGACACGUUAUGUUCAACUAUAGAUUUUAGAAAAGUCAGCAAAAAAAUCUCUAGAAAGAACCGUUAAUGUUCAACUGUAUAGACUUGAGUUCCUUUAUUUUGAGAAAUAAUUAUAGCCUCUGUAGGUAGUGCUUUUUUUGUAUAAAUAUAAAUGGUCGACAAACUAUUUUUUCAUGAGAAUUAUCAUAUACCACUAAAUAUCUAUGAAACUAUGACCCCGUGCUAUUGAACUGAAAUAAAAGUUCGAAUCUUAAGAUAGUAUUCUAACUAUCCAUAGAAUAACUGAUUUGAGUUUUCUGGUUUUGAAUGUUUGUAGUAUAGUUGUGCUACUGUUAUGUAAGUAUUAUGGUUCAACAUGUGAAAUAGUUGAGGCGUCAUCUGUUAUUAUUAUUUUUUAAUCUGUUAAUUUUUAUUUCUUUGUGCAGAAUAUAUUGCUGUGUUGACCUGAAUUUUCAUGAUGUUCAAAACAAGUUACAUUUGUUUUAGCCAUUGUCGUGAAGGAAACGCAGAAACAUCAUUCGUGGAUGAAAAUAUGAUAUUUGAUUAAAUCGUAGUAUUUGAUUACUCGUUUUAAAAGAGGAAGAUUCCUCAAGGAAGAGUUUCCACACCAUUUGUCUCCCAUGUUGAAAGACAAUUAUAUCUGCUUUUGUGGAAUUUCAUCCGAAACCUUUAUUGCUAUUGGCUUAGAUACUAACAUUAGUGAUUUUAAUUAAAAAACUAAUCAUCUAAUGUCCGAAAGAUUAAAGGUUAAAUAUGAACUUACGAGGAUGUAUUUAAAUAAUCCGAGGACAAAAUGUAGACAAAUCAUCUGCUAUUUAAAUAUAAUUUCAUAAAUGUGACCAAGACCUGCAGUCCAGAUUUAGAUGAAGGCUAGAAGCAAUUUAUUAAAUAUUUUAACUAAAUUUUUUUUUUUACAAAUUUAGGGGUUUUUAAUUUUUUUUCAGAAAUUUACAUCUAAGUUUUUUUCAAAAUUUUUAUAAGUGUAAGACUAAUGUUUCAUUUAGAUUUUUCCCAUGACUGGUCCUAAAUGUUAUGUUAUUUUAAUUUUAGUUUUAAAACAUAUUAUUAUUAUUUUUAAAAUAUUCUAAAGAACCAUUUUACAGAGAUUUUGGUGGAUUUCGUAGUUAAAGAUAUAAAAUCUAAAUUUGAAAAUUCUAGAUAAAAUUCUUGUGUGUUUUAUAUAAUUCAAUAAAAAUCAUUUAAAACUCCUGUAAGAUGAAAUAAUUCCAAACUCUACCCAAAUACGAUACUAUAAUAACAUACCUGGUCGGGUCUAAUAUAGAAAGGAGAAAGCCCAUAUAGAAGAUUAGUAUUCAUUUGUGGCCCAUCUCAUCUCAUCUCAUCUCUCUUAUAGUCAAAAUAUCAAUUAACACACUGAUUCUAAACACUACUAACAGAGUAGCACAUCAACUUGUUCUUCGAUAAUGGAUGCUCCCGAAGAUUCCUCCCACUAUUUCACCGAUUUCACAUUGGCCGAGAUUGUAGACAUGGAGACUCUGUUCAAGGAGCUCGGUGAUCAGUCUCUCCUCAAAGACUUUUGUCAAACUGUUGCCUCCUCUUUUAGUUGCUCAGUGAACCGGAAGGGAAAAUCAUCAAUAACAUGGAAACAAGUACAGGGUUGGUUUCAGGGGAGUUUAGAGAAGCAGAACCAACCAAAAUUCAAGACUGCGCCAUCUUCCCCUUUGCUGAUUGUUGACUUAUCAAAUCCCGGUGGUGUCAGAGAUGCUGGAAGUCCUGAAACUGUUACCUAUGGUCAAAGAGUGAAAGGUAAGGCCUCUGAUGUAUCUGAUCUCGCUUUUGAGGCUAAAUCUGCAAGGGAUGACGCGUGGUAUGACGUGGCAUCGUUCAUGACUUAUAGAUAUCUUCGCACUGGUGAACUGGAAGUGCGUGUCCGGUUUUCUGGGUUCGACAACCAACACGAUGAGUGGGUGAACGUGCAAACGUCAGUGCGUGAGCGGUCUAUUCCUGUAGAACCAUCAGAGUGUGGGAGAGUGAAGGUUGGAGAUCUGCUUCUGUGUUUUCAGGAUAGGGAGGAUGAAGCACUGUACUGUGAUGCUCAUGUUGUGAAUAUCAAGAGAGGGGUUCAUGAUCACAGGAGUUGUAACUGCGUGUUUGUUGUUCGCUACGAGUUUGACGGUACAGAGGAAACGCUGGGACUUGAAAGUAUUUGCCGUCGUCCUGAUUCUGAAGAGUGAGUUUGUUUGGUCAUGAAGUAAUCUUUAGAAUCAGAUUCAUGAUACUCGGUAAACUAGAUUGUAUAUAUUGAACCAAGGGUUGCCCAAGGUGCCAAGCAACUAAGUGUUAGUUUCUUUGGUGUGAAUAAUGUGGAAUUAAGACCUAUAAAGUGCAAAAGGGCUUUAGACAAUGUAACCAAACCUAAAUGCUUAAGCAGUAAAGUCCGUUUCUUAUAUGAGA